UUGCCACUCCCUAGAAUCCAUACAUAUAUUUCCAUCUCUUUUGAAGCUUUCUUACUCAGUCGAGGAGAGAAGAAUGAAGUUGACUUGAUCCCCCAGCCCCUUAGGAGAAAGAGAUUAAGUUUCUGACUGCUGAAAUUGACAGAUUGAAAAACUUUGGAAGUAUAGGAGUUUCUCCUAAUUUGGAGCAGUUGAGAGAAGAAAAUUCAAAACUUAAAUAUCGCCUGAAGGUGCUCCAAAAGAUCACCAACCGUUGCUCAACAAGUGUUGUUUAAAUGUGGAACUAUGCCCAAAGGACUAUAAAACUAUACUCUUUGACCCAGCAAUACUACUACUAGAGUCUUCAAGCAGAAAGAAAUAGACCAACUAAAAGCAUGAUUAACAUCAAUAGCCGCCUACAAGAACUCUUUGCUUAUGCUAUUAAGGCUGCUUAUCCAGAUUUGGAAAAUCCUCCCUUGGUAGUCACACCAAGUCAGCAACCAAAAUUUGGGGAUUAUCAAUGUAACAGUGCCAUGGGCCUUACGAAGAUGCUGCUCAAAACCAAGGAAGAGAAAGUUAACCCAAGAGAUACUGCAGGAAAUGUUGUCAAACACCUUCCAGACAAUGAAUACAUCGAAAAAGUUGAAAUCGCUGGUCCUGGUUUUAUUAAUGUUCACCUAAGAAAAGAUUUUGUAUCCAAGCAAUUGACUAAUCUUUUGGUGAAUGGAGUACAACCACCUACUCUUGGAGAAAGAAAGAAGGUUGUAGUCGAUUUUUCUUCUCCAAACAUAGCUAAAGAGAUGCACGUAGGCCAUCUUCGGUCAACAAUCAUAGGAGAGAGCAUAUGCCGACUCUUGGAGUUUGUGGGUUAUGAUGUUCUCAGGUUAAAUCAUGUGGGAGACUGGGGGACACAGUUUGGUAUGCUCAUCGCUCACCUACAAGAUAAAUUUCCAGAUUACUUAACUGUUUCACCUCCUAUAGGUGAUCUUCAGGCCUUUUAUAAGGAAUCUAAGAAGAGGUUUGACACUGAAGAAGAAUUCAAGAAGCGUGCAUACCAGUGUGUGGUUCAACUCCAGAGUAAAACGCCAGAUAUCACAAAAGCUUGGAAUCUUAUCUGUGAUGUUUCUCGAGAAGAGUUUAAAAAAAUCUAUGAGGCUUUAGAUAUUUCCCUAGUAGAGAGAGGGGAAUCAUUCUACCAAGAUAGGAUGACUGAUAUUGUCAGCGAAUUUGAAGAGAAAGGAUUUGUCCAGGUGGAUGAUGGGAGGAAGAUUGUGUUUGUCCCAGAAUGCUCAGUUCCGUUAACAAUAGUAAAAUCAGAUGGAGGUUAUACUUAUGAUACAUCUGACUUAGCUGCUCUUAAGCAAAGAUUAAUGGAAGAAAAGGCAGAUAUAAUUAUCUAUGUCGUAGACAGUGGACAGGCUUUACACUUCCAGGCAAUAUUUGCAGCAGCUCAGAUGAUUGGAUGGUAUGACCCUAAAGUGACCCGAGUAAGCCAUGCUGGAUUUGGUGUAGUGCUAGGAGAAGACAAGAAAAAGUUUAAAACUCGCUCAGGUGAGACAGUGCGCCUCAUAGAUCUGUUAGAGGAAGGGCUGAAAAGGUCUAUGGAUAAACUGAAGGAAAAAGAAAGAGAUAAGGUUUUAACUCCAAAGGAAUUGAAGGCUGCUCAGACUUCUGUGGCUUUUGGCUGCAUCAGAUAUGCUGAUCUUUCCCACAACAGGAUGAAUGACUACAUCUUCUCCUUUGACAAAAUGCUAGAUGACAGAGGAAAUACAGCCGCUUACUUGCUAUAUGCCUUCACUAGGAUAAGAUCUAUUGCCCGAUUGGCUAACAUUGAUGAAGAGAUGUUGCAGAAAGCAGCUAAAGAAACUAACAUCAUUUUGGACCAUGAGAAGGAAUGGAAGCUAGGCCGGUGCAUUUUACGUUUUCCUGAGAUUUUGGAAAAGAUUUUGGAUGACUUGUUUCUCCACACACUCUGUGAUUAUCUGUAUGAAUUAGCAACCACUUUCACAGAAUUCUAUGAUAGUUGUUACUGCGUGGAGAAAGAUCGACAAACUGGUGAAAUAUUGAAGGUGAAUAUGUGGAGGAUGUUACUGUGUGAAGCAACUGCCUCUGUCAUGGCUAAAGGAUUUGAUAUCCUGGGUAUAAAACCUGUCCAGAAGAUGUAAUUAAGCCUGUGUUUGAGACAUUUUGUAUUUUUACAAAAAUGGCCAUUUAGCACUCUUCGCUUUUUUCUAAUCAUGUGGAGAAGAUAUUUUAAGAAAUAAAGGAAAAAAUGCAGCUUUCUCUAUAAAA